AUGGAUCCAUCUCAACUGCCCCUGGAUGAACAGCUCAACCAUCUCCGCAAAAGUCUCUCUACAAAUGCAACCUUCAUCAAAGUCCUCUCCCUCGCGCGAACCCUCAACCUCCCUAAUUGGUACCUCGCUGGCGGGGCCGUUUCCCAAACGAUAUGGAACUCCGUGGCUAACUUUGCCCCCGACACCGGCAUCUCCGAUUACGACCUUGUCUACUUUGACGACUCGGACCUUUCCUACGAGGCCGAGGACGCAGUGAUCCGCCGCGGCCGUGAGGUCUUCGCGGAUAUCCCCGUUGAGGUCGAGAUCCGGAACCAGGCACGGGUGCAUCUUUGGUACGAGGCCAAGUUCGGCGCACCGUGUCCUCGGCAUGAGUCUGUCGAGGCGGGGAUCGACUCGUGGAUCUCGACGAGCGCGAUGAUUGGGGUGAGGCUUGAGGAGGACGGCCAGUGGAAGGUGUAUGCGCCAAUUGGGCUGUCAGACUAUUACAAGAUGGUGGUGAGACCGAACCCGAUGAUUGGCGUGAGGGAGGCGUAUGAGAAAAAGGCAAGACGGUGGUUGGGGAUCUGGGAGGGGCUAACGGUUUUGCCGUGGCCUGAGAACCAGGUCCCGUUGAGAUUUGACAAGGAUGAAGAAUGA